AAAAAGAAAGAGAAAAAAAAACAGUGUUUGUGAAUUAUACUUAUUGAUUUGUUUCAUGAAUAGUGUAAUGCGUGAUUGAUUUUUCGUGCCCUGGCUGGAAUUCGCUCGAGAGACGUUUCUAUUUUACAGGGCACGGUUUUCGAUAUCAUUCCAAAAUAGGGGGCGUUUACUCGGCCGGUGGUCAAUUAAUAGUCCAAGAGAAACCCACCAGCAGCAGUGGUCGCAAAAAAAGGACCGGGUUAUUCGGCGAUCCUCGCUAUGUGGUGUCCAAGGGACAACCGGUCCGAGGUCCCGCCCAGCGCAGACAGGCUGAAAUUAGAACCAGAUCUCGAGCCAAUCUAGACUGGAGUCUAGAGGAAUCGACGGAGGAAAAAGAAGAUCUAGUGAAAUUAACGACGAACGAGAAAGCACUGAGUAACAUAUGCAAAGGCACCCUUAAUGGGCCAAUAGUACAGUGGAAAGCACGUCGAAGAGCGCAACUCAUACCAAGAGCAAAAUUACGAGCACCGCUUCCAAAUUAUCAACGACUCCAGCUAUCAUUUUCCAGCGAAAAAACCGAAGACGAUGAACCAACGAGAACGCGAAGCAAAAGCGAAAAAAGAAGGAAGCCAAUAACGCCUAUUUUUCAAAUGGAACCGCAAAUGAUUCGAGUAAAAGAAGGUCUAUCGCCGACUUCGCAUUUACAUUCGGAAAAAAUACGAAUCAGCGGAGACGCGGCCAUAUUCGAAAUAAAACGCGAAAUCCCCGGAGACGGGUCGAAAUUCUCUAGUCGUUACGAGAUCUACAACUCGACAACAAAACCAUUCGGUAAAUCAUACCGCGAGCUGACGUUAAGCUCGUCGACCAGCGGCAGCAGUUGCGAAAGCCAUACGAGCAGUUUGAGUAGCAGCGGUCUAAGCGAGACGACAACCUACAUAACAUGCAGUUCGGAGAUCGAGCCCGUACAAAUGACUGGUUUCCAAUGCAUCGACGAAACGCAAGAAAAACACUUGGUUUCCAUCAUGAACGCAGAAAACUACGACCUUCACGAGGCGACCAAUUACGACAUCGGUUACAACUCGAAGAAGAAUAAGAAGAAACAAUCAUCUUGCGACGAGGCUCCCAUUGAAAAACACUACUCAACUUUUUACAAAACCACUACUGGCAUUUCGACUAAAAUUAACCACGACGACGACGAUGGGGAUGGGGAUGAUGAAAAACCAAUAAUCAAGACAAACACGUGGUCUAGUCGUACCACCCACGAGCCUUUAAAAUCGCCUAAGCUCUUGAAGCAGAUGAUAUCGAAUUUCGAAACAGAACGAAUCUACGAGCCACCCAUCAUAUCCACCAAGAAUACCUACAAAGAGGACGAAUAUACUUACGAACCCGAACUAGAUACCAAUGUCAGCAAAACAGUGACUAGAUGUAGAAGUAUGAUGAACUUAGAACUUAAACAAGAUACCAAAGAUCGCGCUAUAUCGCCUAUAGUUUCCAAAGCCACAUCGGAGCUAGACCUGCAACAAGAGAGUAAACUCGAAGAGAAGAAAAGAAUCACCAAAACUAUCAGCGUCAUGCUGGAAAAACGUCGUAAACUAGACCCAGUCAAACCAACGGUUUCGUCACCUCCAGCCACCAUCCCAAAUCACCACAACGAUAAAUUGAUCAACGAUAACAUAAUCCUGAUCGAGUCAACCAACAAUACCGAUCGUAGUUGUCGCGUUACCGGCGAGAUAUUGAAAAACUCGCCCCAAAGUAACUUCACCGAUUAUCACCGAACAGCUUGUACGCUUCCGAGAGCAGUUAAAUCGCACAGGUCGCAGCUCCAGAGACACUUCUACUACCCGCAAUAUGUCGGUAAAGGUACCAGAGUCAAAGACGAAGAGCUGCCUGAUCCAGAUAAAGUGAAAAGUGCUCGGGAACUAUUCGAACGUGUAUUGAAAAUCGGAUCACUCGAGAACGUCAAUAAACCAACGCCAACGGCUCCUACUUCUCCAAAAAUAAUUUACCGACCGACGCCCGAAAUACGACAACCAGCCGAUAUUCAGGCCCGUCAAAAACUCCAGAAAUGUCUCAGCGUAGAUACUAGUCACCCAGAACAGAUUUGCAAAUGGACCGAUAAUGGUAGCCUUUCUUCGGGAGUUGGUAGCGACAUCAGCGCCGAGACCGAUAUCGAGCUCAGCCCGAAGAGUAGCAAUGGCAUCGAUUGUGGCAGCAAAGAAGAUAUUAUUUUUACCAGUGACGAAGAUCUCUCCACUGCAAAAGAUGAAGAUUUAGGUAAACCCAUCUCAGACGACGUGUUACGUAACAUCCGAGCUUUCGGAACCAGUGUAACGUACUACGGAGGUAAGGUCAUCGCCACCAGCAAAGGAUACAGUCGUAGUCCGAUGACCAUGACUAUAAUGAACGAAAUCAAAAAAUCAUCGCCAGAUUUUCAAGCCACUAGAAAGUUUCUAUUCGAUGAUAAACACUUUGCUAAGUUCAAGCUUAUCAAAAGCAACAGCUGUGGGAGUGGAUUAGAAUUAUCAGGAACUGAAGAAUAUGGCAAAGAGUACGAUAAAACAGUCAACGGUAUUGUCGAUGGCCCCAAAGUAGAUACAAUCAAACGAGAACCAGAACCAAUCAAAGAAGAAGAAGAGGAACAACCUCAGGAGAAACAACCCACGGCCAAAGACAGAAUUAACGCCAUUGAAACCAAAACCGAACAACGCAAACAGUUUUAUAAAAAUAAUAAGAACUACGAGAAGCCUUUCGUUGACAUGGAGUUUGAAGAAUUCCAAGUCAUGGAAGAGAAAAGCUGAACUUAAGUAUCUACUUCGAAUAUUUUCUCCAAAGCCAUCGUCGUAUAAUAAUUCGUGGUAAAAUAAAUUGCUAAGGGUAAGUCAACAUCAGAACAAUGCCAUCCAUCUGAAGAUAUGGCAACCUUCACAACACCAGUGUCAUUGAAUUUCCAUUCUUGUACGUAAUUUUAAAGGAAAAAAUGAACUUGAAUCAAGCAUGAUUUUCUUCAAUUUAGCCAACUUCAUCACCAAAAUUUUUUUUUCAAUAUUCUGAAAACUUUUGGAAUUUUUCAUCAGGAGACCUCGAACACAAUACCUAGGCACAUUAAACACAGGACAAAAGUUACCAAAAAAAUGAAAGGAGGCCAAUGGAUCAUCAUCUACCUUUUUGAUGAUUUCAAUGAGCAGUAAAGUGCAAAAAAAAAGGUUUAGGAAACGUGAAAGUUUACACGAUGAACAUUUGAACAAAGGAUAUCAAAAUUGAAGAACAUGUUCUGUACUCUUCAAUUGGGGAGAGACUCGUUCAUAAAUUUUUCUUAGGAAAAUUUUUUCCUGGUUAUUUUUCUAGAAAUUUUCAUUAUUUUUCAAGAAAAGCAUAAAAUAGGAAUUAAUCACAUUUCGAUUAAAAAAUUGAAAAAAGGAAAACUUUUGGCUGUUUUGGGAAAAAAACAGGGCCAAAGCAAGAUAGGGAGAACUCUUACAAUUAGACGAUCUGACUUUCUAUUUUCUUCUUAUUUUGAGCAAAAUUUAGAGAAAAAAACUUUCAAAACUAAAAAUUGCCAAAAUUGAAAAAAAAACAUCAAAAAUCCGGUAUUUUCAAAUUUCAAUAAUUUUUGAACGAAAUUUUCAUUUCGAAUUUUUAUCAAUAAAUUUGAGUGUUUGACUAUUUUGAUCUACGACUUUCAACUGACUUUCGAAUUUCUUCUCGUUUUGAGCAGAAUUUGGGCGGGGGAGGGCUUUUAAGACGGAUGAAAAUUGACGAAAUUGAAAAAAUGUCCAGAACUAAUUCUUAAAUUUUAAUAGUUUUCAAACGAAAUUUUCGUCUCGAAUUUUCAAAAACAAAUUUAUGUAAUUUUUGACAACUUAAAUCAACGAAUAAUAUCUCGUUUUGAGCAGACAUCAGAAAACAGAGACUAUUAAAACAGAUGAAAGUUGGCCAAAUUGAAAAAAAAAUUCAUGAAUCAAAAACUUGAAUGAUUUUUGAACGAAAUGUUUUACUCGACUUUUCAACACGAAGUUUGAAUUUUUGACUAUUUCGAUCUACGAUUUUCAACUGAUUUUCGAAUUUCUUCUCAUUUCGAGCAAAAUUGAGAAAAUAAAUUUUUUUAGACAGGUGAAAAUUGGAAAAAUUUGAAAAAAAAACCUGAAAUAAUAAUUAUGGAAUUUUAUUAUUUUUUUGCGAAAUUUUGUCUCGACUUUUCAACAAGAAAUUUGCAGUUUCAACUAUUUUGAUCUACGAAUUUCAACUGAUUUUCAAAUAUUUUCUUCUUAUUUUGAGCAAAAUUUAAAAAAAAAUCCUGCAAUAAUACUUGAUACGGAAUUUUAAUAAUUUUUAAAUGAAAUUUUCGUCUCGACUUUUCAACAAUAAGAAAUUUGAAUUUUCGACUAUUUUGAUCAACAACUUAAAACUUUUUCUUAAAAAUAUUGAAAAUUGGUUUCGAAAAAUUGAGUAAAAAUUUUUAAUUUUCAAAGCCUGCGUCCACUACCUACUUAGAAAGCAAUUUGUGAUAGGGGAGGGGGGAUACAAUUUUUUUAAAAAACUUAUUUUAUUCUUUCAGAAUCAUUUUUUAUUCCGAAUUUAAAUUUUGGACAUUUUUUUGGGGGGACAAAAACGGAAUUUUGAGGUAAAAAAUGACUUUUAAAAAACAUACAACCAAGUCAAUAAAAACAACUUCACGAUAAGCUAGCUUUUACCACUGAUAACCCAACUUGUACUUAUUGGCCAUUUGCUAUAUUGAAGAAAUAUUGAAUACACCCCAUAAAAUCUGCAAGAUAAAAAAUCCACUUACACUAGUACCAUUUAGAUUGCCAUAUCACCAAAUGGAAGGUGGUACCUGACGUCGACAUACCCUGUAUUUAUAUAAUACCCAAGUAUACAUUUAUACUACGUACGAUAUUACCCAUUAAUGUCUUUUUUUUUCUAAGAAAAUACUCGUAAAUUCCCACUUUAUGUAAUGCAUGUGUAUUAUCAUUAAAGCACAUUUCUUUUUAAGUCGAUAUACAUAGUACGUGUACCUUGUACAAAUAAAGUUAUUGUUGUAAU